AUGAACAAUCUUGCAGGAGUACAAUUUUUAAUAUCCGCUUUACGAGAACAAUAUUGGAUUUUGAAAGCACGAAAGACUGUCAAGAAAGUCAUAAGAAGCUGUGUUGUAUGUCAGAGGUUCGAUACUAGUUCUUCGAAAACACCCAGUGCUCCUCUCCCUGAAGAUCAAGUAAGAGAAGCAGCAGUCUUUGAGAUUGUAGGUGUUGACUUGACUGGACCGUUGAUAUUGAAGGGAAAUCAAAAAUCAUGGAUAGUGAGUUUUACCUGUGCUGUUUUUCGCGCUUCAUGGAUAGUGAGUUUUACCUAUGCUGUUUUUCGCGCUGUACAUUUGGAAUUGAUUUUCUCGCUAUCAACUGAAAGUUUUCUGCAAGCGCUGAGACGUUUCAUUGCUCGACGUGGAAGACCCCACACCAUCUAUUCCGACAAUGGAACGAAUUUCAAAGGAAGUGAUAGAUUAUUCAAAAGCUUAAAUUGGGAUAAAAUCUUAGAACAAGCUAGUAUCCACAGGAUCACAUGGAAAUUUCUUCCGCCAUCAGCUCCCUGGUCUGGAGGAUGGUGGGAACGAUUAAUAGGAGUCCUGAAAAGAAUCCUUCGCAAAGUUUUAGGACGAUCAUCUCUGAAUCAUGAAGAAAUGAUAACAAUUUUGUGUGACUGUGAAGCAAUAAUGAAUAAUCGUCCAUUGACGUAUGUCUCGGAAGAUGUUGAAGAUUUAUCUCCGAUCACACUUUCCAUGUUUCUCCCAUGA